AUGAAAUUUAUCAAAGAAAAUAAAGAUAAUAAAGUUUAAUUCAUCGAAUAAAAAAAAAUCAUUUAUAAGGGCAGUGUUAGAUUAGAAAAGUUUGCAAACAUAAAACCAAACAUUAUUAGUCCUACUCAGAGAGAAUAUAAAAGUGAUUUGAGUCCAAUCAUAAGACAAAAAAGAGCAUAAACUAUUUUAAAGUAGUUGCUUAAUGAAUAAAAUUAACAGUAAAAUGUAGGCUGAUAAAAUAUAGAGUACUUGAAGCCAAAUCCUCACGGAAUUUCAAGCUUAAGAGAAUAUCAGUUGAUUACAACUAUUCCAUUUAAUUGCCAAACAUUGAAGAAUAUUUCGAUUCAUAAGAUAAACUGAAAUUGCUCGAAACAAUAAAGAAUGAAAAGAAUAGAGUGGAGAAUCACAUUGAGAAAUUAGAAAAAAUUAAGAAGGAAUUAGAUCUUUCAGAUUAUGUGUUUACUUAGCAUAAACCGAAUACCUAUCAUUCAAAUACACCUAGCAAAUCUGCAAGGAAACACACACACAAACUAAAUACAAGUGGCAGCACAGUAUUUGGAAAAACAGAGAAUGUGAAAAGGCAAUUGUCAAUUAUUGAUUGUGAAGACAGAAAAUAGAUUGAUAAAAACAAAGAAAUCGAAUUGUAAAGGAAGUAUGAGAGAGUAAGAGAUAGCAAAGUGUUGCCUCAGUUAGUAAAUCAGAUAAAUGAAUCCUACGAAGAAAAGAACAAGUUAAGUGAUAAAUUCAAUAGACAAUUAUAUUAUUGCAUCCACAAUAGGGAUUAUAGCAUUCAAGAUAAAAUUAAAGAAUAUUAAAAGGACAGUUUAUCCUACACCCAAUUUUAAUCAAUAUAAAAGCGACUUAAAUAACAUCUGGAGGGCAGAUUCAAGGCCACAGAGAAUUAAGUUAUAAAAUUUGAAGAUGAACUUAAGAAUCUAGCCAAAACCAACAGAUUAACUGAAAGUAGAAAACAGCAGCUAUCUAGAAUAAAGAUUGAAUUGGAGAAUGGCAAUUACUUAGAAUAUUAUUGA